AUGGACUUCCAGAACCGCGUAGGCUCCAAGCCCGGCUCCGGUGGUGUAGCGUCGGACUCGCAAAGCAAUGUAGACCGCCGCGAGCGCCUGCGCAAGCUGGCGCUGGAGACAGUAGAUCUGGCCAAGGACCCGUACUUCAUGAAGAACCACCUGGGCUCCUAUGAAUGCAAACUCUGUCUCACACUGCACAACAACGAGGGCAACUACCUAGCCCACACUCAGGGCAAGCGCCACCAGAGCAAUCUAGCACGACGUGCUGCCAAGGAAGCGGCGGAUGCGUCCCAUUCGACAGCCGCUGCUAACCUCCAGGCUGCGCGGGCCGCGGCAGCGGCUGCUGCCUCCAAACCGAGAGCGUUAAAGAUCGGCCUUCCCGGUUACAAGGUGACUAAACAGCGAGAUCCCGACACGGGCGCCAGGAUCCUUCUGUUCCAGAUUGCAUACCCGGAAAUCGCGGAUAAAUUACAGCCGCGUCAUAGAUUCAUGUCGGCUUUUGAGCAAAAAGUGGAGGCGCCGGAUAAGCGCUGGCAGUAUCUACUCUUUGCGUGCGAACCGUACGAGACGGUGGCGUUCAAGAUCCCCAAUGACGACGUUGACAAGAGCGAAGGCAAAUUCUUCAGCAACUGGGACAAGGACGGCAAAACCUUCACGUUACAGCUGACGUUUGAUGCUGGGGAUGCCGUCAAGAAGAAUCAACCAGCGCCACCCCCGCCACGCCCACAGCUGCGAUAUCUGUAG